GUUUUUCAAGUCUUGCUUGGCUGUCCAGCACUGAAUCUACUGGUGGCCAGUGCGGAAGCUCCUUGGCUGUCCCGACCUUGUCGAUCGUUGCUCUGACCGUCGCGCAUUGCAUCAUCCAGCCAGCCCGGCGGCUGGCGGACCAACUCUCUUCUCUUCCACCCUUUCCAUCGGCCCUGGUGGAUGGAACGCCUUCCCCCAUCCUCUCCAUCAUCGGUUUUCUUUUCCUCCCUCCUCUAUAUAUUGCUAGUCAGUCAGCUACUAUCGAUUGACCAUGCGUCUAUCCCUUGCGGUGCUGGCCACCGCCUUUCAGGCGACCGCCAGCAUAGCAUCCAGCUUGACGCCGCCGGUCCUGCCCCUGACCGUCCGCAAUCCCUACCUGAGCACCUGGCUGGGAAAUGCCCGAGACGUUCCCUGGUCCAAAUGGCCCAUGUUCUACACGGGCGAGGAGGUAGGCUUGUCUCUGAUGGCCCACGUCCCCAGCACCGGCACCGUGUAUCCAUUGGUGGGCAAGCCACAUGAAUCCCUGUCCGGGUCGUUACAAGUCGACUAUCCCACCUAUCUCGGAGCCAACUACGACGCGUCUACCACCAAUCUGACCUAUCGCAUUGACUCGGCUUCCCAUUCCCUCGAGCUCACCGUUUCGUUCCUGUCCCCCAUCACGCCCACAUCGACUCUGCGGCAGUCGAUCCCUGCGUCUUACAUCACAAUCCACGUCCACGGGGAUGUAAGCGUGAACGUCUAUAUCGAUAUCAACGGGGCUUGGGUGAGCGGGGACACGGGAAGUCAGAUCGCAUGGGAGUAUGACGGGUUCGAUGCGAAAGACAACCAGCCCACCCUGCGGCGAUGGCGAUUCCAAAGGGAGACGGAGCUGCAGUUUUCGGAGAUCCGCGAUCGUGCCGAAUGGGGCACCAUUCAUUUCACCGCGCCUGCCGACGUUCAAUAUCAGUCCGGCGAGGCUUCGGCUGUGAGACAGACGUUCUUGAAUCAAGGAGUCCUGGACAACGUGAAUGAUCAGGUCUUCCGUGCCAUUGGAGACCGAGAGCCGGUCUUUGCGUUCUCCAAGUCCUUUGUUUUCUCGCGGAAAGACGGCCGGAAGAGUGCCAGUGUGACCUUCAGCAUCGCCCUGAUUCAGAAUCCCAUUGUGCAGUAUGCUUCUGCACGCGGUCUGACCCUGAUGCGGCCGCUCUGGGAAUCAUGGUUCCCUAGCGUCGACUCACUCCUGAGCUUCCACUAUCACGACUUUUCCAAAGCGAGUGUGUUGGCCGCCAACUACUCCGAACAGCUGGCCAAGGAUGCCUACCAGUCGGGAGCCCAUGACUAUGUCGAUAUCGUGGCGCUCUCUGCCCGACAGGUGAUGGGAGCAACCACCUUUGCGGGAACACCCGAUAACCCGAUCUUGUUUCUCAAAGAGAUCUCAUCGAACGGGAACUUCCAGACCAUCGACGUCAUCUUCCCCGCGUUCCCAUUCUUCCUGUACACCAACCCGCGGUGGUUGGCGUAUCUUCUGGAGCCGUUGAUCGAGCACAUGUUGAGUGGUCAGUAUCCCAACACGUACGCCAUGCAUGACCUGGGAACCCACUUCCCCAAUGCCACUGGCCAUCCGGAUGGAAACGAUGAGUACAUGCCCGUGGAGGAGUGCGGUAACAUCCUUAUCAUGGGCUUGGCCAUCGUGAAUUCGCUGCGGUAUGCCGAGGAUUCGGCCGCAGCCUCCAUCUGGUCAACGCAAGGCGCAAUGCCUGUUAUAUCCGAAGAGCAUCUCGGGUAUUUCCCUCUGGUGCAGCUCGAGGAGCUAGGUGGGAUUGACAAGCAGGACGGACGAUGGGGUGGUCCGUUGAAAGGCUCUUUCCUCGCUGAGAAAUGGCUCAAGCGCAGUUACCGUCUCUGGAAACAGUGGACUGGCUACCUCGUGGAGUUCUCCCUGGAGCCGGAGAAUCAGCUUUCGACAGACGACUUCGCCGGUUGGCUAGCGCUGCAAACAAACUUGGCGCUCAAAGGCAUCAUCGGGAUCAAUGCCAUGAGCAAGCUGGCCCAGGUGGCUGGAGAGGCCGACGAUGUCACAUACUUCAAGAACAUCUCAGACACCUAUAUUGCCAAAUGGGAGGAGCUUGGCAUGUCUCGAGACCAAACACACGCCAAGCUGGCCUACGACUGGUACGGGUCGUGGACCACCAUCUACAAUCUGUACGCCGACGCGUUGCUGUGCUUCCAUCUGGAGGGCACCGGGGUCUCUCCACGCCCGGCGACGGCCUAUAGCCAGAAGUUUCUCCAACCUCCCCCUCGCAAAACCGGCUUUGUGCCCCGGCACAUCUACCAAAGACAGUCCAUUUGGUAUCACAACGUUCGUCAAAAGUAUGGCCUCCCUCUCGACAGCCGGCAUUUGUACACCAAGACCGACUGGGAGUUCUUCUCCAUGGCCGUGGCUAGCGAGAACGUCCGCAGCGAGGUUCUCGAGUCGGUGGCCAAAUGGAUCAACGAGACCAACACCGACCUCCCUUUCACCGAUCUCCACAACACCGAGGGCCAGGGCGAGUUCCCAGGCCCGAACUUCUACGCUCGCCCGGUCAUUGGGGGCCAUUUUGCGUUCUUGGCCCUCCAGCGCGCCUGUGGGGGCCACGCGAUGGAGGGGCUAGCCUAUCUCGACAGUGGGAACAACGUGUUCUCGACCAGCACGCUGGCGGAAUGGGAAAAAGCCGCAGCUCGAGCUGUGGGACACUCCCAGCCGUCGCCUGGACCUGAGGAGCCUGAGGAGCCUGAGGAGCCUGAGGAAUCUGACGAUGAUGGCUAUGCACACGGCUAUGGGUCUGAGAAUCUGGAAUUGUGAUUCAGUCCGACAAUAUAUCGCAUUCACUGUCAUCUUUGAGCACGUGGAUGUGAAUCAUCGCCAGUUAGCUACCAUAGUCAGGUUAGAUUGUCCUAGCAUGAUAUAAGAGAGUAUCACAGAAACAGAAAUGAAUUCCACCCGUCACUCAA